AUGAACCACACGCACAGCCAUGCCGGGUUCCCAUUGCGAUCCGACUUCUUCCGCAGCCUUCCUCUGGCCAAGUUCAAGAAUGACAAACUGUACCGGUUAGCCAAGGCGAACGCUCUCACCUGUUUAAACCAGUCAUUCAACGAUCAAUGGCGAUACGUUCCCCCUGAGAAGGACGGCACCCAGAUCCGCAAGGACACGAGCAACAUGGCAGUCUCGUACCGACUCGUGCGUGCGGCUACGGUGCUCCGUUGCCAGGAACACGAGGUAAACCAGGUUGUCGCCAACACCAACUCUGAGAGCUGGCGUGAGUUCAUGCGCAAGUGCUUCGGCAAGUACUAUGUCGACACCCUCAUCCUCCACAAUGUCAUCAAACCCAACGAUGUCGACACCAGCAUCGCCGGCCCAGUGCAACCACAAGGGCGCCAUGCACGCUCAAACAGCCAACCUGAAGGCAGCGGCAGUGGAGAAAACUCGGACAACAAUCAGGAAAAGGACCUCAGUGGAAAUGAUGCAAGACGCGGGAGUGUUUGGGACAAAGGAGCCGAGCCGUACCCGCAUAGGAAUUCGGAGUCCAGCUCGGUUGAUACUCCGACAGGAAAGCUGUCGUCGGAAUGCAGCAGCUCCACGGAAGAGCGCUUAAAAGAAGAAGCUGCCGCUGCUGCCGACGGACUAGGUGAACAAGCGGAGGAGAUGCUAACAGUCAAGUGGGCAGCUUUCGAGACUGGAAUUUCCGGCAAACGCGACGUGUGUCUUGUGGACUAUCUCUCUUUGGCGUACGUGCCCAACUCUGAGCCACGCCAGCGUGUACACGUUUGGUGCUUCACGUCGGCUGAAGGUGAGCGCGUAGGCUGCAUGGAGCUCAAAGAUACGCACCACGUGACACGGACGAAGCUCACAAAACUUGGUCUGUUCUGGCGUAAAGUGUCCGAGGACGAGACGGAAGUCAUCGUGUGCGGUAGCUUCCCGUCCAAGCACGCACCCAUGGUCAGUGCUAUCCUGCUAAGCUGCCUCAAUAGAUUGCAGGGGAUCGUAGAAGAUCUACGCAUGGGCAGUCAGCUCUACAUCCAGCGAGCCACUUGGGUUAAGAACACUGAUCGCACAACCUGCAACCUCUGCACGCGUAACUUCCACGCUCUGCGACGUAAACACCACUGCCGUCGUUGCGGUGAGGUCGUAUGCUCGGACUGCUCGACAGUCGAGACGAUUGAUCUGCCUGCCAUCGGCUACUCGAAAUUGCGACUCUGUAAAGUUUGCUCCAUCCGAGCACGUACUACUCCACUCAAGCAGCUCGCCAAGACCAACGUGUUCGACCACCUUGUACGCGCUCGUAGCCUCAGCAAUGUCGGAUCAUCCGCUACUGGCUCAUCAUUUGCUCGGUCUUCCUACACUGAGAACAACCAAGCGGGUAACCAUGAGGACAGCUACAGCCACAGCACCACCUCGGAUGCGCCCGAGUACACCAUCUCUGCGCAAUGCGUUGAGCCCGUAGACGGUCCCGUCGACAUUAAUAACGAAGUCACAGCCGUGGUUCACCCCAUGACGACGUGUCUGGGCUCUCCUACCGAAGAAUACGAUGAUUUUAUCAACGAGCGCUGUCUGAAGACGCAGCUGUGUGCGAUGGAGCAGAAGAAGCGCGCGACAGGGAGCAACAGCAACAUGUUCGACCUACUGUGCGAGCUAGCGUGCCAGACACUCAACUGUCCGAUCGCUUCAGUCUCAAUUGUCGAUGAUAAGGACAACUUCAUCCGUUCUGCUGUUGGACUCGAUGAGAGUUCGACACUCGACAGUGAACUGUCUGUCUUUAUCGAAAAGAUCAUGGGGUCGACUCCGACUAUCGUGCUGGAUGCCAGCGUUGACAAGCAGGCACUCAAGUUCUUCUCGCUGCGGUCGCUUCCUGCUAUCCGCUUCUUCGCUGGCUGUCCAAUCUACUCUCGUACAGGAAAGAAGCUAGGAUAUGUCUGCGUUGCUGACUACGCCAAGCGCGACACUCUCGGAGCAAGUUGUGCGUUUACCAUGGAGCGGCUAGCCACUUUGGCAGUCACCACAAUGGAGAGAAACAUCAUUAUCAAAAACAACAAUGCGAACGGAACCUCAAACAACCCAGAGGAAGCUGACUUUACGAAACGAGCCCCACCACCGACACCAAUGCAUCCAGCGAUGCUGUUUGACCGACCUAAUAGCAGCAAUGCCACUGGUAAGAGUCAUAACAAUGGUAAAGACCCAUCGGAUGCUCUAGUUGGUCGCGUGUACGAAAUCGUGGAGGACGAGAUACCGCCAAUGGCGACGCCUUCGACUGUCAACUUAAAUGCAACACGGCCUGAACGAAGUGCUGGCUAUUACGAGGCCCAAGAACGGAUGCGCAAACUGCUUCUCAAGUCUUACCACACGCAACAGCAGCUUGCGACUGGCGGGUCACAGUAG